AUGGGGCUUCCAUCAGAGCCAUCAGGUAUGACUGGAAAAUGGUUUCAUCCAACAAUAAGUGGUUUAGAAGCUGAGAAAUUAUUACAAGAGCAGGGUUUUGACGGUUCAUUUUUGGCUCGUCUGUCAUCAUCGAAUCCAGGAGCAUUUACAUUAUCAGUGCGUCGUGGUCAGGAGGUUACUCAUAUUAAAAUUCAAAAUAAUGGCGAUUUUUUUGAUCUUUAUGGAGGUGAAAAAUUUGCGACACUUCCCGAAUUAGUUCACUAUUAUAUGGAGAAUGGAGAGCUAAAAGAAAAAAAUGGACAAGUGAUUGAAUUAAAACAACCUCUUAUUUGUGCGGAACCAACAACUGAAAGAUGGUUUCAUGGGAAUCUUUCGGGAAAAGAGGCUGAAAAAUUGAUAUUGGAACGUGGAAAGAAUGGUUCUUUUCUUGUGCGUGAAUCUCAAAGUAAGCCCGGUGAUUUUGUGCUUUCGGUUCGUGCUGAUGAUAAAGUGACUCAUGUCAUGAUACGAUGGCAGAAGAGCUUAGACAGCAAUGUGCGUCAUCGAAGGGGAGCUUCACACGAACUAAGAACAUUAUUGAUGCGUCAACUAACUUGUCUCCUACUGAACUUGAGUGCAGACUAGGUAUGGUUGAAUCAUAUUAUAAACAAGCCGUGUAUUAUCAAGGUCAAAUUGGCAAUUACAUUCGACUAAAUGCACAAACAGUUCCUGACCGCUAUCCCAUUCCACACAUGCAAGAUUUCACGCAUUCUCGAAAUGGAAAACGAAUUUUUACAACAUUAGAUUUGUGGCUGUUGUUGAUAUGUAAUCAUAGUAAACUCAGUUACAAUUUGAAUGAUAUUGACAACAUCAAAA